AUGACGCACCAAUCGGGAAUUCGAGUAUCACAAGAAUUAGCUGAUUUGUUUACUAAUGCUGUCGCGAAUGGAGAUUUGAGAAUUAUACGAGUAUCUAUUAUUAAUGAAUCUCUGGUUUCGAAUGGAACGCAAAAUGUAACUGGGCUAUGGGAUUCUGUAAGGGAAUUUUUGGAUGAGGCAAACCCAUGUUACAUUCUUUACCGACUUGACUCUAAAUCUUCAUCAGGAAAUUAUGAAUGGCUAUUUUUAGCUUACGUUCCUGAUAACGCGAAGGUCAGAGACAAAAUGUUAUAUGCUUCGACUCGUGCUAGUUUGACCAAAGAUCUUGGGGAUACUCGGUUCGUGGACUCCAUGUAUGGUACUGCAAUAGGUUACCAGAAACAUAAGCAACAUCAACAAGCUGAAGCCCCACUUACACAACGCGAAAAAGAAUUAGCUGAAAUCAGAGUUGCUGAAGCAAACGCAAAUUCAUAUAGUACUUCAGCACGAAAAUCUCAUAUAACUGGAAUUGCUUUCCCUAUAUCUGAUGAAGCAAUAAAUGCUAUAAAAUCAUUAGGGAAGGAAUCUAAUUUCGUACAAUUGUCUUUGGAUAUAGCUAAUGAAAAAAUUUUGUUAGCAUCAGCAGAUAAAAUUGAAAUUGACGAUUUAGCAAAAUCUUUACCUACUGAUUCACCAAGGUUUUCCUUUUUUGCAUAUGAUCAUAAUUUCGAAGGACAAAAUUUUGAAUCAAUCGUAAUUGCACUUGGAGAAAGUGAAGCUAAUCUCACUAUUGAUAAAAAAUUGGAAACAAAUGAUCCUAGUGACCUUACUAAAUCAUAUAUCAUGGGAGAGUUGCACCCAGUCUCCGAAACUCCAGUGAAAAUGUUUUCUCGACCCAGACCUCCAGGAAGGAGAGGACCGGGAGGAGUUUAG